AUGCAGAACGAUGACGUUAUCUGGUCGCUCAUUGGUAAUAAGAGGUUUUGUCGCUACAAGGUGAAAACGAGGAGACAACAAGAGAACUUCUGCCUGAACGAGUAUAACGUCACCGGCAUGUGCAGCCGGCAGUCCUGCCCUUUGGCGAACUCGCGGUACGCCACUAUUCGGGAAGCCGCCGACGGCAGACUCUAUCUUUUCAUCAAGACGAUCGAGCGGGCGCACAUGCCUCGUAAGCUUUGGCAGAAGAUUCGUCUAUCUGGAUCGUAUACGAAAGCACUUUCCCAGAUAGACGAGCACCUAGCGAUGUGGCCCAAGUUUCUUGUUCAUCGUGCGAAACAGCGACUCACGAAGCUCACACAGUAUCUCAUCCGAAAACAGCGUCUAGAAUCCGUAGAGAAAACACAACUGUUGCCCGUGAAAAAGAAGGUUGAGCGGAGAGAGCGGAAACAAGAGCAGCGCGCUCUUGACGCCGCCAAGCUGAGCCUCACGAUAGAGAACGAGCUGUUGGCGCGGCUCAAACAGGGCAAGUACGGAGAGAUCUUUAACUUUGCACAAAAGGAAUUUGAGCACGUCAUGGAACAAGAGGCGGAGCCGCUGGAGCUUGAGCGAGAUCUCGACCGUAGCUACUUUGAGCCGCUGUACGAGUCCAGCGAUGAGGAGGCGGUGUUCGGUGCAGGCGACGACAGCGACGUGCCGGGCACCUACGCAAACGCAGCCCCGCCAGACGAUGAAGAAGCUUCAUGGUCUGAUGGUUCCGCAAUGGAUGACGUUCCCUCUGAUUCAGCUGACGAAGACUGGAGCCCAGCUCCCGAUCUGGAAGACCUGCCUCAUCCAGCAGAUCGAAACGCCUCGACCUUCUACUUCGAUGAGGCCUCUGACUCCACAGAAGCUGAUGAGCGAUUACCGACAAGACCAACGCCGGUUCAGCGUGCUCGUGUCGCUCAGGAAGCGAGCCGACGAAGAAAGACGAAAGCAUCAUCGUCUAGGCACCGGAAGCAAUUCGAGACCGAAUUCGAAUUUGAGCGAGAACUCGAGCCUCUCUGA